GGUUCGGACAGGUUGCGGGAACAUAAGAAGGAACAUAAGAAGCCACACAUAUGUGAAUUGUGCAGAAGAGAGUUCAAACGUUGGCACAACUUGCAGGAGCAUAUGAGGAUACAUACCGGAGCUGUAUACCAAUGCCAAUUCCCGGGGUGCGGCAGAAAUUUCCAACGUUCGUAUGACUUGCAGGGGCAUAUGGGGAUACAUCGUCGGUUAAGACGCCUGCAGCCAGCCAACCAACUC